AUAUAUUAGAAUUACUUUGACGAUCAAAGGAAUAAUCACAACAAAAGUAUUUUGCUGCCCCGGGCGUCAUUUUGAAUAUGCUUAUAAAUACACGAGAGUGAGCAUGGAUUCUGAUGAGGAUUUUGAUUAUUAUGAUGCUGGUGAUGAUGAAGAGGAUGAUUUGUCGCUUCGUGAUGAUGCAGAUGACGAUGAUGAGGAUGAGGGAUAUCUGGAUGAUAAUAUUAUUGUGUCCGAAGCACCACAUGGAAGUGAGACCAAAGAUGAAGAAGUUUAUCCCCACGAAUGUUUGUCUGCAGAUCGAAUUGUAGAUCUAAUGGUUGAAAUAUUAAAAGAAGUCAAUGAUAUUGUUAAUAUCCCACCUACUACUUUACGGAUACUUCUUGCACAUUUUAAUUGGGAUAAGGAACUACUUCUUGAAAAGUAUUAUGAGUACGAUGGUAAUCAGGAGAGAAUUUUUAAAGAAGCUCAUGUUGUCAGUCCAUUUAAAAUGAAACGUUCAAACAAGUCUAGGGCUCAUUCCAGUCAAAGUCAUUCUUUGGAUGUUUCAUGUGAAAUAUGUUGCAGCUCAUGCUCAUCUUCCUUCAUGACUGGACUAGACUGUGGACAUAUGUUCUGUAAAGGAUGUUGGUCUCAAUAUUUACGAACAAAGAUAAUGGAUGAAGGGAUGUCGCAGACAAUCCCUUGCCCAGCUUUCGACUGUGAAAUUAUUGUUGAUGAUGCCAUUGUAAUGAGUUUAAUAUCCGACAAAAAAGUUCGAUUAAAGUAUCAACAUUUGAUGACAAAUAGUUUUGUGGAGUGCAACUCUUUAUUAAAAUGGUGUCCUUCUCCUGACUGCCACCAUGUGAUUAAAGUUGAGUAUCGCGACAGACGGGCUGUUAAAUGUGAUUGUGGUCGGGAGUUCUGCUUUGAGUGUAGUGAAUCUUGGCACGAUCCAGUGUUAUGUGUGCAUUUAAAGAAGUGGUUGAAGAAAUGUGAUGAUGAUAGUGAGACGUCAAACUGGAUAUCUGCAAAUACGAAGGAGUGUCCCAAGUGUCAGGUGACGAUUGAGAAGGAUGGCGGAUGCAACCACGUUAUAUGUCGUAGUCAAACAUGCAAGCAUGAAUUUUGUUGGGUAUGUUUGGGGCCAUGGGAUCCACAUGGAGCGUCGUGGUAUAAUUGUAACCGAUACAAUGCUGAUGAUGCAAAAAAAGCGAGAGACACUCAGCAGAGAUCUCGUGAAAUGCUUCAAAGAUAUUUAUUUUAUUGCAAUCGGUACAUGAACCACCUGCAAAGUUUGAAGUUUGAGCACAAGUUGUAUGCAAGAGUUAAAAGAAAGAUGGAGGAAAUGCAGCAACUAAACAUGUCCUGGAUUGAAGUUCAGUUUUUAAAGAAAGCUGUUGACGUUUUGUGUCAGUGUCGUCAAACCCUUAUGUAUACUUACGUGUUUGCCUUCUUCUUAAAACGGAACAACCAACUUCUCUUAUUUGAGGAUAACCAAGCAGAUUUGGAAAAAGCAACUGAAACGUUAAGUGAAUAUUUAGAACGGGAUAUUACAACUGCGUCUAUUAGAGAUAUCAAACAAAAAGUGCAAGACAAAUACAGAUACUGUGAUUCUCGACGAAGUGUUUUAUUACGUCACGUUCAUGAAGGAUAUGAUAAGGAGUGGUGGGAUUAUCUGGAUAUAUGACAUCAUAAUCCUUUUGCUCGUGUUUGGUACGAAAACUGAAUGAGAAAAAAUACUUCUUUGUUACCUUGUUUUAUACCAGACAAGAAUGUGUAUAUUAUGUUGUGGAUUUAUAUUUGACUUUCUACACACCUUGUUGCUCUCAAUAUCAACCUGCUGAUGUAACUUUAAUGUUUUGGUGCAUGAUCGUGUAUGAUUUAAAUAUGUUUUGUUAUUUCAUUUAAGUAUCAAUAAAUUAUAUUCCAUACCAA